AUGCCAUCCUCGUCGUCUGCGCACGCACAUGGUCCAUCCCUUGGUAUGCGUACUGUUAGGGAGUGGGUGUUGGGCUGUGAUCCUGAGUGUGCAGUCACUCGGCCAGUCUGUUUUGUCUGGGGGGUGCCCAUACCUUCGAACCUUACAGUUAUCCUCCAGCCGUCUUACCCCGUGAGAAGUAGCGGUUUUUGUGCCACACCGAGUGUCGAGUAUGAUGAUAUCUAUCCAGAAAUGGAGAGGAUUGCUCGUCUUCAUCCGAAUGUCCAUUUAAUGUGGCCUUCAAAGGUGGACCAUGAUGCCGGGAAGCCUCUGUUUGCGGUUGAGAGAGCAGUUGAGGUGUUUGAAACAGGAAGAGAGUGAGAGAGCGAUGAACAACCUGAGAUGGAUAUGUGGUGGCGGUGAGUGGUCUUCGCACCGCAGGACGGCGCCUUUUGAUGGUAUUUCAG